GUGAUUUAUAGCGGUUCUAAGUUGGAAAGUUGUACGCGUCGGUUGCGUGUGCGCGCGUCAGUGGAACAAGUGUCAGUUGCCGCUGGACCGUCGAAGCGUUAACACGCGUCGCUCGCGAGUGAUUUGUGACUGUCGUGCCACGACGAUAGGAAUUGUGCCCAUCGGCCAUAUGACGGCGUAGAGCGCGCAGUAAACACACACAGACACACAAACAGGCAAUCAUGUCGUCCAAGGCCAUAUACGAAGCGACCGGCAAAGAUCUCAUCAACAGGCACAUAGCGUCAGGGACAGCGUUGGUGCCAUGCCGGUUCGCCACCUUCGAGCAAAACACCGUGUGGGAGGAUGAGCUCGGCAAGAACCCAUGGCUCUCUAAAGAGCAACUGGUGGUGAAGCCCGACCAGCUGAUCAAGCGUCGCGGCAAGCUCGGCCUAGUCGGCGUGAACAAGUCCGCGGGCGAUGUGCGCCGCUGGCUCAGCGAGCACAUGGGCAAGGAACAAGCCGUCGGCGCCGCCGUGGGGAAGCUCAGGCACUUCAUCGUGGAGCCCUUCGUGAAACACGACGCGAACGAGGAGAUGUACAUCUGCAUACAGUCAGGCAGACGGACAGACACGAUCCUGUUCCACCACCAAGGCGGCGUGGACGUCGGCGAUGUGGACGCUCUGGCCGUCAGGCUCGAGGUAGCGGUAGACACAUUCCCCACCGGUGAAGAAAUCGACAGGACCCUGCUCAAAAACAUCAAGUCAGCGUCCACCAAAAGGAUACUGACGACCUUCAUCCUCUCCCUAUACCGCGUAUACGUGGACCUCUACUUCACAUACAUGGAGAUCAACCCCAUCGUCAUCACCAACGAACGCAUCUCUCUAGACUUGGCCGCCAAGCUCGACCAGACGGCGGACUUCAUCUGUGCCAAGAACUGGGGCACAAUCACCUUCCCCCCUCCGUUUGGACGCGAUGCGUACCCUGAGGAAGCCCAUAUCGCGGAUCUGGAUGCUAAGAGUGGUGCUAGUCUUAAGUUGACGAUACUGAACAAGUCGGGUCGUAUUUGGACCAUGGUGGCGGGCGGCGGUGCCUCUGUCGUGUACACCGACACCAUUUGCGAGCUGGGCGGUGCCGCCGAGUUGGCCAACUAUGGAGAAUACUCUGGCGCGCCCACGGAGUCUCAGACAGCGGACUACGCGAAGACCAUCUUCAGCCUCAUGUGCCGAGAGAAGCACCCCAACGGGAAGGUCCUGAUCAUCGGUGGCGGUAUUGCCAACUUCACAAACGUGGCUGACACCUUCCGUGGCAUCAUCACAGCCAUCGACACAUACAAGGACGCCCUCAUCCAGUACAACAUCACCAUCUUCGUGAGGAGAGGAGGCCCCAACUACCAAGAGGGACUUAGACAAAUGCGCGAAGUCGGCCACCGUCUUCGCAUUCCCCUGUACGUGUUUGGACCCGAAGCCAACAUGACUUCCAUCGUUGGGUUGGCGCUGGGCCACUCGCCCAUCCCCAAGGAGCACCAGUUGGACUACGCGCCCAAACAGCUGCCCAAACCCACACCUUGCCCCAAGCCCAAAAUCGAGCUUCCCGAGCUGACCCACAAACUGUUGGACCUCGUGUGCUCCCAAUCGCCCACGCGUGGGGAGUUGGGACAACCGCUCUCUACCGCCAAGCCUCUCUUCAGUGACCGCACCAAGGCCAUCAUCUGGGGCAUGCAGAACCGCGCUAUCCAGGGGAUGUUGGACUUCGACUACAUCUGCCGUCGCGCGGAGCCGUCCGUAGUAGCCAUCGUGUACCCGUUCACCGCUGACCAUAAACAGAAGUACUACUUCGGCAACAAGGAAGUCUUCAUCCCUGUGUUCUCUGACAUGGACGUGGCGAUGCGCAAGCACCAGGAGGCGACCGUGCUCGUCAACUUCGCUUCGCUCCGCUCCGCAUAUGACAGCACCAUGCAGGCGAUGCAGCACCCCCAGAUCAACACUAUCGUCAUCAUCGCCGAGGGCAUCCCUGAGAACAUGACCAGGAAGAUCAUCAAGCUUGCCGACGCGAGAGGCUUUUGUUGCAGUGUGGCCUACGUGUCUCGUUCAGGCGGUAUGAGCAAUGAGCUCAACAACAUCAUCUCUAAGGAAGCUGACGGCGUAUGCGAGGGCGUCGCUAUUGGUGGAGACCGCUACCCUGGCACCACCUUCAUCGACCAUCUGCUCAGAUUCGAAGCGGACCCCAACGUUAAGCUGCUGGUGUUGCUCGGAGAAGUGGGUGGUGUCGAGGAGUACCACGUGUGCCGCGCCAUCAAGGAGGGCCGUAUCAAGAAACCCAUGGUUGCCUGGUGCAUUGGUACCUGCUCAGAUAUGUUCACCUCCGAGGUGCAAUUUGGUCACGCUGGUUCUCUCGCCGGCUCCGCCCUCGAGAAGGCCUUCGCCAAGAACCAGGGGCUCAAGGCCUAUGGCGUCACCGUGCCGGAAAGCUUCGACAGUUUGGGCACCGCUGUCCGUCAGGUGUACCAGAAACUGGUGCAGGACGGGAAGAUUAUUGUGAAGGAAGAAGAGGAACCUCCGAAGGUCCCCAUGGAUUAUGACUGGGCUAGGAAACUGGGUAUGAUCCGCAAGCCAGCAGCCUUCAUUAGCACCAUUUGCGACGAGCGUGGCCAGGAGCUCACAUACUGCGGGAUGCCCAUCAGCCAGGUGCUGGAGAAGCAGCUCGGAGUAGGCGGGACCAUCAGCCUGCUGUGGUUCCAACGCGAACUUCCCGACUGGGCGUGCAAGUUCUUCGAACUGGUACUGAUCGUGACGGCUGACCACGGGCCCGCAGUCUCAGGCGCACACAACACCAUGGUCACCGCGCGCGCUGGCAAGGACCUCAUCUCCUCUGUCGUCAGCGGCCUGCUCACAAUCGGCGACCGUUUCGGAGGCGCGUUGGACCGUGCCGCCAUCGACUUCUGCGCGGCGUACGACAAGGGACAACAUCCUCAGGAGUUCGUCAACGAGAAGAGAGCCAAGGGCGAACUCAUCAUGGGCAUUGGACACAGAGUAAAAUCCAUCAACAACCCGGACUCCCGCGUGCGCGAGUUGAAGGCCUACGUCACGGCGCGGUGGCCCGCGUGGCCUGUCACCCGCUACGCGCUCGACGUAGAGGCCGUCACUACUCGCAAGAAGCCUAACCUCAUCCUCAACGUCGACGGCAUCAUUGCUGCUGCCAUGGUCGAUCUGUUUAGACACACCAACCUCUUCACUACCGAGGAGGGCAACAACUACAUCCAGAUGGGCACAAUUAACGCGCUGUUUGUGCUCGGGCGCUCCAUCGGACUCAUCGGCCACUACCUCGACCAGAAGCGCAUGAAGCAGCCGCUCUACCGCCACCCGUGGGACGACAUCACCUACAUGUCCCCCCUCAACUAAGCUCACCCCAUCCUUACCUGUCGUGCAAUGGUAACACACCGUUGUGUGAAUCCACGUAUAAGCACAGAUGAAAUAUAAGAUCAUACCAUCCCAUACAUUAAAAUGCGACCGCCUAAGAACGCGCAUACACUAUACCACA